CUGGGAGUACGACACUAACGUAAAACAAAGAAGAGAUAAUGGCAAUGUUUUGCCGUUUGAUGCUUAUACAUUAGCAUAGUUUGAGGUCGUAUAAAUGAAUGAAAAGAUUUAAAAUAGAGAACGUAGCAUAAUACGUUCAUUUGAUUAAAAAUAUUGCAUUUUCCGGCUGUCGUAAAGCGCAGUGCCGUAUUGCGGGUGGUGUUGUUAUGAGAAGCUGAACGAGCAUCAGAAUGUGGACCUUCAAAUUUAAUAUUGUGGUAUUUGUAUCCAUUUUCGUAGGUCAGUUUAACACAUUUGCUCUUCAGGAUGUUACCUCCGACCUUUUUGGACCCGAAAACUACGGAACGGUGGCAGCGUUCGGAGAUUUUAACUCGGACAAACAGACAGACAUCUUCGUCAUUAGGGAGCAGUCUCAUUUGGUGAUUUUCUUGGCUACCUCUCAAGCACCUUACUUCAGACCAAAAGUCAACAUUACAAAAGACGCUCUGCCAAGGAACACCAUAAUAACCAGCGUUGUGCCUGGAGACUAUGACGGUGACUCACAGAUGGAUGUCCUUCUUACAGCUCAGACAAGCCCUACAGCAACAACGGUUUACAUCGUCUGGGGUGACAAUCAAACAUUAGAUAUAAGUGGAUUGGUCACUUUGAACAAGACAUUUACAGAUCAACCUCUAGUUAUGGAUUUCAACGGAGACAUGAUCCCGGACAUUUUUGGAAUCACCAGCCAGGGAAUAACUGAGGUCUGCUAUCUCACCAGAAGGGUGCAAGUGUGGAGGAAUGCACUUAGUUCACCUGUCAAAAUGCGCAUCCCUCACUCUAAUGCAUUUAUUGACCUCAACAAUGACUACACUGCUGAUUUAUUCCUAACAACUGAAGGCCCCUCCUUUGAAACCUGGCUCAGUAAGGAUGGGAACUUCACCAAAGAUGAUGUCAUGCCAGCAAAGCCACCUGCCAGUAUUAUUGGACAGUCCUCCUUUGCCGACUUUGAUGGUGAUGGCGACCAAGACCAUCUUCUCCCCGUGUGUCUGGAUGAUGCCUGUCACCGCAGUGCCAUCUACUUGGCCAAGUCUGGCUCACAAGAUUGGGUACCUGUCCUGUUGGAUUUCCAGCAGAGGGAAACAACUUGGAGCUUCGUGCUUGGAACACUCCACCAACCUCUGGCAUUGCACCUUGGGGAUUAUAACCUCGAUGGCUUCCCUGAUGCUUUGAUGGUCCUUCGGAAUACCAGUAGCGGCAGUCAGCAGGCCUUCCUGUUGGAGAACGUUCCGUGUGCAAACGUCAGCUGCCACAGCGUGGGGAGAACGUUCAACAUUCACUGGGACCAGUCAGAUUUAGGAGCCAUCCAAAAUGCCGUCAUGGCGACAUUCUUUGACAUCUACGAGGACGGUAUAUUAGACAUGCUGGUUCUGAGCCAGGCACCUGGCAGAAAUGACUUGAUCAUCCACGCUUUAAAGAACAAUUUCGAAGCUGACGCCUACUUCGUUAAAGUGAUGGUGCUCAGCGGCCUCUGCGUCAACAACUGCCCCGAGGAUGUGAACCCAUUUGGCGUUAACCAACCAGGUCCUUAUGUCAUGUACACCACAGUGGACUCCAAUGGUUACGUGAAGAAAGCCUCAGCCGGCCAGCUCAGCCAAUCAGCUCACUUCUCUCUCCAGCUGCCCUACACCGUGCUCGGCCUUGGACGCAGUGCCAACUUCUUGGACCAUCUUUUUGUCGGCAUCCCACGGCCAUCUAGCGAGACGAGCAUCAGGGAGAAAGAAUGGACGGCCAUCAUCCCCAACUCGCAGCUCAUCGUCAUCCCCUUCCCACACGACCAACCCCACAGCUGGAGUGCCAAGUUGUACCUGACUCCGAGCAACAGCGUGUUGCUGACGGCCAUCGCACUAAUUGGAGUGUGUUUCUUCAUCCUGGUCAUUAUUGGCAUCCUCCAUUGGAAAGAGAAGAAAGCAGACGACCGUGAGAAGAGGCAGGAAGCUCAUCGUUUCCACUUUGACGCCAUGUAGAGGCAGGAAUCUCGUCCUUCACACACACACACACACACACACACACACAGAAUCAUUCAAUGGGCCAAAAACAGAUCCUUGUUUGCACCUUUUUUUCAUUCCUUAAGUUAUAUUUUAUUUAUUCUCUCCACUCUGUGAGAUAGCAGGAACUCCAGGACGGCUGUGAACGUGAGAGGAUAUAAAUGUACGUAGGUUUUUUUUAGCAGAUAUUUCUUUGGAAAACCUCAACGGUGUUGAAAUCUGUGCGUUUAAAAUACGUCGGGCGCUUUUCAGGACUUUAAGUGUCUUUGACCUGUUGGUUCAGGUUUCCUGUAAAUGUAAAGAAAUGUUAGAAUUGAGGAUUAUGAUUUAGGUCAUCAGUGGUUCCCAGACUGCUCCCCGCCCCUCAGUUUUGUAGAUGUACAUUGACAUAGUCUCAUCUAUUGUUUUAAAAAAGAAAAUAGCUGAGCUUCUUGAGAACACUUUACUUCCUGAACUGCUACUCUCUUAGAAUAAAGGUAUAAACUUAAAAAACAGUGUGGGAGAAAUAUAGAAACUAAACUUGAAAUUCAACUGAAGUUUUAAAACAAAUCUCCAAACUGCACUUAAGAAAUGGCCAAAUAGAAGCAGCAAAACUUUUUCAAGAAAAAUGAUUGAUUUUUUUCCAUAAACAGCAGCAACCCUAGUGGCGAAACAAUGGAACUGAUACGUCUCUGUUUGAGCGGCUAACCACUGGCUGAGAGUUUUUGUGUCUGUCAAGACUUUAGUCUGG